UGAGCUACUACCAAACGCCACGUGACCAUCUCUCUUCAGUUGUCCAUCCGGUCUGGUGAAUUUCCUCUAGUUACUCCCAAUCCCUCCAUUUUCCCUCUCCUUUCUAUAUAAAUCCCGGCGCUACCUCUUUCCUUCCUCAUUCCCAGGCCUUGCUUUAUUGUCUACUCUCCCUCUAAUCGUGUAUUUCAACGUUUACGAGGCGAGUGAGAAGUGAUCUUUUCGUUUCCUUCCUACUUUCUCUUCAGUUCUCUUUGUGCCGAAGCCAUGGCCACUGGACAGUGGUUUUCUCGAACUACACAAGCUUUAUUCUAUAACUACAAACAACUUCCUGUUCAGCGCAUGCUUGAUUUCGAUUUCCUUUGCGGGAGGGAAACACCAUCUGUUGCUGGUAUCAUUAAUCCCGGUGCCGAAGGAUUCCAGAAACUCUUCUUUGGUCAAGAGGAAAUCGCGAUCCCAGUACAUUCAACCAUUGAGGCAGCGUGCGCUGCACAUCCAACUGCCGAUGUUUUUAUCAACUUUGCAUCAUUUCGAAGUGCUGCUGCUUCUUCAAUGUCUGCUCUGAAACAACCAACAAUUCGGGUUGUUGCUAUAAUUGCUGAAGGUGUUCCUGAAUCAGACACCAAACAGUUGAUUGCAUAUGCACGUUCCAACAACAAGGUUGUUAUUGGCCCUGCUACCGUUGGAGGAAUUCAAGCUGGAGCUUUUAAGAUAGGUGACACUGCUGGAACAAUUGACAAUAUUGUUCAGUGCAAGCUGUAUAGGCCUGGAUCUGUUGGAUUUGUCUCCAAAUCGGGUGGCAUGUCGAAUGAAAUGUACAACACUAUUGCCCGUGUUACAGAUGGAAUUUAUGAAGGCAUUGCAAUUGGAGGAGAUGUCUUCCCAGGCUCCACUUUGUCUGACCAUAUUUUGAGAUUUAACAAUAUUCCACAGAUAAAGAUGAUGGUUGUCCUUGGGGAACUUGGUGGACGAGAUGAAUAUUCCUUAGUUGAAGCCUUGAAACAGGGAAAAGUGAACAAGCCGGUGGUUGCUUGGGUCAGUGGAACUUGUGCACGACUCUUCAAAUCAGAAGUACAGUUUGGACAUGCUGGAGCUAAGAGUGGCGGUGAGAUGGAAUCUGCACAGGCAAAGAAUCAAGCACUAAAGGACGCUGGAGCUGUUGUUCCCACUUCCUAUGAAGCUUUUGAAGCCGCGAUCAAGGAAACAUUUGAGAAACUGGUUGAAGAAGGGAAGAUUACACCCAUCAAGGAAGUUAAGCCUCUACAAAUACCCGAAGAUCUUAACAGUGCAAUUAAGAGCGGGAAAGUUCGUGCUCCAACUCACAUUAUUUCAACCAUCUCUGAUGACAGGGGUGAGGAACCAUGCUAUGCUGGUGUGCCCAUGUCUUCCAUUGUGGAGCAAGGUUUUGGUGUUGGUGAUGUCAUUUCUCUCUUGUGGUUCAAACGUAGCCUCCCCAGAUACUGUACUAAAUUUAUUGAGAUAUGCAUCAUGCUCUGUGCCGACCAUGGUCCUUGUGUCUCUGGUGCGCACAAUACUAUAGUGACCGCAAGAGCUGGGAAGGACCUUGUAUCAAGUCUUGUUUCAGGUUUGCUUACUAUUGGUCCUCGAUUUGGUGGUGCUAUUGAUGAUGCUGCGCGAUACUUUAAAGAUGCUUACGACAGGGGUCUUACACCUUAUGAGUUUGUCGAAGACAUGAAAAAGAAGGGCAUCCGUGUGCCAGGAAUUGGUCACAGGAUCAAGAGAGGGGACAACAGAGACAAGAGAGUAGAGCUUCUCCAACUGUUUGCUCGCACAAAUUUCCCGUCUGUGAAGUACAUGGAGUAUGCUGUUCAAGUUGAAACCUACACUCUCUCGAAGGCUAACAACCUUGUCCUUAACGUCGAUGGUGCCAUUGGGUCACUUUUCUUGGAUCUUCUUGCUGGUAGCGGAAUGUUCACCAAGCAAGAGAUUGACGAAAUCGUUGAGAUUGGCUACCUAAAUGGUCUCUUUGUUCUGGCACGAUCCAUUGGUUUGAUUGGGCACACUUUUGAUCAGAAGAGACUGAAGCAGCCGCUAUACCGUCACCCAUGGGAGGAUGUCCUUUACACCAAGUGAGAAGAGUAUCAUUAACAGCAGGUGCAAUUUCCUGAAGCAUUCUCGAUUUCAGAGUCCUUGUUUGUGUCUGGCAUUUCGAUGGGGUAUGGUUGGUUGGUUCUUAGGUUAUUUGUUUGUAAGGCUGAAUGGUAGAUCACUCAUCAUUUCCAAGUUGUAGUCAAAGUUAACAAAGGAGAGAAAAAAGUCUCAAAAUGUAGCGUGAUUCGUUUUUAUUUUUACCGGUUUCAUGUGGAAAUAAGAGAUGUGCAAAAAAAAA